UCUGUGUGAGAGGUUAAGCGGCUCCCAGAAGCCUGUGCGCGGCAGACGGCGGGGGGGACACACGGUCACCUAACGUAUCACCGGGCGGCCGCGGGCCCCGGGCGGCCUGUGUGGACACAGAGAGAGUGAGAGCGCCGCGUCGUGACAUGGCGGAGAUGAACCGCAGGACAUUGGCCUUCCGGGGAGGCGGAGGCAGCCUGUCCGUUGCUGCCGUGAACAAUAACAACAAUAAUGGCGUCAGCUCGGAGGAGGAGAUUGCGGCCUGGUCGCUGGGCCGACAUUUGAACGGCGGUGGCGGGGACGAGGAGGAGGUAGAAGUAGAGCUGGAGCCGGAGGGCCUGCUGGAAGACGAGGAGGAAGAUGGCGAGGCCUACCCUGGGGCGGCGAGGGCAAAGGCGGCGGCUGGAGGGGUGACCGGGCCCUCGGUGAGCGGAGAGAGCAGUGAGGAGGAUGAGGAAGAAGAGGAGGAAGAAGACGAGGACGGGGCCGGCGGAAAGGUGGAGGGGGACGAGGACUGUGCCCUAAUCCAGGGAGAAGGGCCCCGCCGCUAUGGCCUCCUGUCCUCCGCCCGGUCCCAAUCCCUGCUGCCCAGCCUGCACUGCUCCUUCCAGGGCUCCUGGCUUCACGAGUUCCCCUGGCUCCGCUUCUGUCAGGAGACCGGCCUCAUGUCCUGCGCCUGGUGCCACGGCAACGAGCAGGCCGGACACGACGAGCUCACCAAGGGCACCCGCAACUACAAGAGGGCGCUGCUGGUCCGACACUGCCAGGUCGCCGAACACCGCCUCAACGACCCCGCGGCUCAGGAGUCAGAAAUAAAGCAGGAAGUGCCAGACACCUACAGUGACUAUAGUAUAAAGCCAAAUGAAAAUUCCUACUGUUACCAACUUUUACAAGAACUUAAUGACCAGAGGAAGAAAGGAAUUCUGUGUGAUGUCAAUAUUGUAGUAAAUGGCAAGGUCUUUAGAGCUCACAAGAAUAUCCUGGUUGCAGGCAGCCGCUUUUUUAAAACCUUGUACUGUUUUACAAACAAAGAAAGCCGUGACCAAACCACUGUUACUUACCUGGACGUUGUUGCUGUGCAUGGUUUUUCAGUCAUUUUAGACUUUAUGUACUCUGGUAAUCUUGUACUCACCAGCCAAAAUGCCAUAGAAGUGAUGACUGUGGCCAGCUAUCUCCAGAUGACCGAGGUUGUUCAGUCAUGUCGUAAUUUCAUCAAAGAUGCCUUGAAUAUAAGUAUAAAAUCCGAAGCUCCUGAUUCUGUUGUUGUAAACUAUAACAAAAGAAAGAACAAAGAUGGCGUUGCUACUCGGGAUCAGAAAGUCGCCAGUUUUUGGGCUACCCGUAAUCUUACAAAUUUGGCAAGUAACGCAAAACUUGAAACAGAUGGAUUUAGUUUAGACGAUCCCCCAGCUGAUAACUUCCAAGCCAAUGACGCCACGUGGAUUCAGGACAGUUCUCCAGAAGUGACGGAAAUUGAGCCCCCAGCUCAGGGAAAGGUGUUUGUGUGGAACGAUAUGGCUUCAAAUACAGUUGGUGUGCCAGAAGUCAGCAAGCCCAGGAGAAAAAACCAAACCACCAAGAGAUUUGUUUAUAACAUCCCUCCAAACAGCGAACUCCAAGUAGAUGGUAACACAAUGCUGCAACAGCCUGUUCCCUACGUAGAAGAGGAUGUACAGUGCUUCCAAGAUGCAGCAGGAACCUCAAAAGAGUUCAAAUUUGGCAUGUUCCCCGAGCCAUGGCCAAGAGAAACGUGGGAGAAUGGAGAUGCAUCCUCUGGGCUACUGAACAUGAAUAAAUUAAAAUGUCCUCACUGCAACUAUGUCGCAAAAUACAGAAGAACACUUAAAAGACACUUGCUCAUUCACACAGGAGUGAGAUCUUUUAGCUGUGACAUCUGUGGAAAGCUGUUCACUAGAAGAGAGCAUGUCAAGAGACAUUCCUUGGUGCAUAAAAAAGACAAGAAAUACAAGUGCAUGGUGUGUAAAAAGAUCUUCAUGCUCGCAGCAAGUGUAGGAAUUCGGCACGGAUCUCGGCGCUAUGGAGUUUGCGUAGACUGUGUGGAUAAAUCCCAACCAGGACUCCAGGAGGCUGGUGUAGAGCAGGUGACGGAUGCGGACUUCCCCAGAGAUGAAGAAUACGAUGACAAUGACCCUGUAGAGACAGUAGAUGCAGAUGAUGACCUGGUGGAUGAAGGAGAAGAUCCAAAUGAUCAUAGUCGAUGGUCAGAGCAAAAUGAUGCUUCACGCUGGGGAGAACAGAAUGAUCCUUCACAGUGGGAGCGACAAAAACCCCAGCCUCGAUGGGACGGGUCAGGAGAUGUUUGUAUGACAAUAGACGACUGACUGCCAAUAGGCAUUUAAACUCAAGGGUGCUGCAGCUGGACAGGAUGCUUAAUUUGACUGAUGAUUCGUCAUUGAAAGAGAGGCUUGUAAAACAUGGUACCGUGCUGGACAAUAGUUAUUGCUGUGAAAACUGUAGGGUCAAAGCCUUAUAACAAAAAAUUAUCUUUUUUUUUUUUUUUUUAUUAUUAUAUAUUUUUUCCAGUAAUUUGCACAGGACUGUACAGAAUACAGCCGUUUGGUUGAAAUUUAUGAGUCCUAACAUCUCCAAUCAGUUAUCAAAGAAAUGUAUUUUUUAUUUAUAGGAUAUAGCUAUGUUGGUCCUAUCGAAGUCUAAAUACUACUAAUGUAAUGUUAAUACGUGUAUCAGUUUUGGUUAGAAUGAAAAUCAAUGAUGAAUCAAGGUAUGAAUGUGAUGUUCCUUACACUACUAGAAAAGUGGGACAUGAUAUGAAAUAUAUUGAUGACUUGUUUCCUCACUGUAGGCUGCACUGCUUUAAGCUCAGCUGCAGGUCUUUGUUAGAUUUCACGAGUUAUCAGAUGCUUUGGGGGAAUUUGUGGUGGAGGAUAUUUGUGGAAUUUAAAGCAGUGCUAGCUUUAGAUCACUUUUUUUUUGCCCACCUGUAGAAAUUAGCUUCUUGAUAUUGAAUGAUUCACUGUAAUGGUAUUCACAUCCUGUUAAGUUAUUUUUUUACUAUUUGUCGGCUCUUUGUGGCAGCCUACGUUUCUUCGGCUCUGUCUCUGGAAAUUGUGUCAAGCUGAGUGCUCAAGUCAUGUAUUUGCCUUGUCAUGAGCUGAGGUGGUCGUCUACAUUUUUGGCAUCUUAUAAAGGGAUUACUGAUCAGGAGUGAUUGGCAAGGCACUCCAGACUGUAGUUGUCUCAUUAGUUCAGUUACAUGUCAUAAAUUGCUGCUUAACUUUGUUAUUUUCAUGCUGCGCAGACUUUGGCUAUAUGCAAUUGUUUCUAGUCUGGCAGAAUAGAAUGCUCCAGCUUAUAUUUUGGUCUCCUUGUGUUCAAAGUGAGGAUACAAUGUACCGUUCACACCAUAUUCCUGACUUUAGCACUUGGCUAUUCGCCCUCCAUUUCUUUUCCUUUUUAGGUAGUUUGUUUACUAUGUGAUCAUAAAGUACGCAUUCUUUUGGCUGGGUACAUAAGGGUUUUCUGUGUGCAUGUGUUGAGCUCUGUGCUAGUUUCCAAUCACCGUGGACUGAUUGAAACUACACUGGCAAUACUCAUUGUCCAUACAAAUGCAGAUGU